GUAAUAUGUUACGGCGCUAAUCCCAUCUAUUCCCAGAUUUAAUUAAGUUAUCUUACAGUUCGAAAAUUUGAAAUGGGCUUUUGAAAUAGCCCUUUCUCUUGGAUUAUCGACUGGAAUAGACAAUUUGCUCUUGAUUGAUCUCUGGCUCGGUGCUUAGAAUCCAACUGUGAUCAUUUGAAGCUUUGAUUGAUUAGCAUGGACAACAUGCAAUAUGCCGAAGAGCUUGUCAGGGAGUUUCUUGUUUUUAGAGGUUUCACAAAUUCUUUACAUGCUUUUGAGACAGAGCUGACCACGGAUAUUGCUAAAGGGUUUCAAGUCGAUAAGAUAUUGGAUUUGGUCUUUUCAGUAUAUAUACCAAAAUAUGAGGCAGAAAAUUUGGUUGGUUUGAUGAGCUUCCUCAGGCAAUGUUUGUCAACACCUUCUGAGACGUUAUUUAUUUCCACUUUGUCGAAGUUGGAGGUAUCAAUUUUACGCUAUUACAUCGUCCAUUUAUUACAGUCCGGAAGACAAGACAAAAUUUUCGAAUUCUUCAGACGAUAUGCAAGUGUUUUGUUGCAAAGAAAUGAGGAUUGGACCCCAUGGUUUGCUAUCCCAUAUUUGAACAACCCAAGUUUAGAACCCCAGUUUCGUGUUUAUUUCUCAAAGGAGUGGUACGAUGCCUUGCUUCUGUCCUUCAGAAAUUUCUUAAGUGAGGUCUUCAAUGGUACUCGUCUUCCUACCUUAUUGAAAGUUGCCUCUGAAAAGAAUGAUGUCAAGCGACUCAAGAAAGACAUAAAGCAACUGAACCAUAAGCUAUCACAACUUGAGGAAUUGUUGGGCAAGAAAGAGGCUGAACUAUGCCGCCUCAAGAGUUCUGAUAUAGCAGCAAUAUCAGAAACCAUGCUACAAAUCGACAGUUGUGUUGAAGACCGUUCAAUAGGAACUUCUUCGAAGGGAGUGGUUGAGGAGAACAAUUUUCAAGCAAGUGAUAUCGGCCAGACUUCUGCUGCUGUUUCCUCCUCUAGUUCAAGUGAAAUGGAAGGAAAAAUGCAUCCCGUUCAUGGCUAUACAUCACAUUUGCAACUAUUUGAGCCAGACGAUUAUACAAAUUUUCGAAAACAAUUCACUCCUACAGAUGGGGGGCAAAAUGAUACCCCUACUUAUAGAAAUAGUGAUUCAGAUCACACUGGCAAUGAACAAAAAGAAGAAGAUUUUCCAGAAGUAAGGGUUGGUUUUCAGGAAACCUUCUCAGGACAUACAAGUCCAAUUACUAAGUGCCGCUUCUCAGCUUCUGGAACAAAUAUUGCUAGUGCUUCUGUGGAUGGCACCGUAAGGAUCUGGACAUAUGAUUCAUCAACCCCUACGUCUAGAAAUGCGACUAUAUAUUGUGGGGCCAAGAUAAUGUCACUUGAAUGGGAAUUUAGAUCGGACCGCUUGCUGCUCAUAGGCACAGCUGAUGGUGGUAUUAAGGCAUGGAACGUGGAUGCAAAACGAGUUGUUUGUGACCUGACCACUAGUGCAGAAUUUCCCAGUGUCUUGGACUUGAAGUGCAGCCCAAUGGAACCAAUCUUUGUCUCUUCUGCUGCAUCAAGAGGAAACACUCGAUCUCUUGACAGCUUGGGGUUCGCUUCAUUGACUGUAUGGAAUAUGAGGACAUGGAAACCCAUGACAGUCCUUCCUCUUGGUAAAGAUCCCCCAGCAGUUACUUCUAUCUGCUUUAACCACAAUGGGAAGAUUCUCGCAGCCUCUGCAACAGAUGGAAUGAUUCACAUGUUUGACAUGUCUGCUGGUUUGCAAAUCACAGGGUGGCCUGCACAUGAUUCAGCUGUAAGCUCUGUUAAAUUUGGACCUGACGAGGCAAGCAUAUUCAGUUUAGGAUCUGAUGGAAAGAUAUUUGAAUGGAGCUUGCAGAACCAAGGUCAGGUUCUCUGGUCAAGGGACUGCAGCAGGUUCUGCGACUUUAAAAAUUCAGUCAUUCCUCAACAUGAGAUGGGAUUAGAUUUUACUGGCAGGAGAUUGUUGGUGACGUCUGAGUCUACGAGAUCACCUAUAUAUCAGGUGCAGGGAAGAAUGUCAGGGAUGAGAACCCUUGCCCACAGUGCUUCUAUAACCACAAUUGAUUGGCACCCAACGAUGCCCAUUUUCUUGACAGGAUCGGUUGAUCACUCUGUUCAUGUCACCUCGAUUUCUUGAUGGUAUACAUUAUGUAGUCCUUUUAUCUUUUUGUUUUUAUUUGAGUGUCAAAGUUUCAAAUGUAUAGAAUUUCAUUUGAUUUCAGAUUUAA